GGAAAAUGUAGAACUUUAAUAAUGUAAUUGAUUAUCUAAAGGGAGAAGUUUUAGAUAGAGAAGAGGAAUGGAAAAAAGAAAGACAAGAAUAUCAAGUAAUUAAUUUUUUUUUAUAAAACAGACUGCGAUAAUUGAGUUAAAGGGAUAAUUAGAAGAAUAAAGAAAUCUGAACAAAUAACUUAUAGAAAGGUUAGAAAAAUUGGAACAGUUUAAGGUUUCUUUGUAACCAAUUGCAGAUAAUAUAAAGCUGCAAACAAAAAAAAAAUUUCAUCACAGAGUUAAGAGUGAUAAUGGAACAUUUUUAAAAAACGAGAUGAACGAAUAAAAGUUAGUGACUCAACCAAACAUUGAGAAAAUAUUAUAAAAGGAUAAGAAACCACUUUUACAAAAGUAAUGAAUUUUAUAAUUUUAGCUUUCUUAAAGAGUUGAAAAGUGACGAACCUCAAGAAGAUUAAGUUUAAAAUUAAAUAUAAUUUCAUUCUCCUAUAAAUUUGUAGUUACUUUAAAGUGCAAAAAUAAAUUAAAUUUUGAUAAAUCAAAAUACUUACAAUACAUGCUCAUCGAGACAAAAGCAUCAUCAUUAAAGAAGCAAUAGUAACGGAGCUUCAGAAUUACUGAAUUUUGCAUUACAAAGAAAAAAGCAAACUUUAGAAACCAGUCAAAAUGAAGUAAAUAGCAUGAGUAUGACAGAGAGAGAAAUAAUAGUUGGAAAAGAAAUCUUCUCAACAAAAGGAUAAUUAAGAAGUCAUUUGGAUGGAGUAAGAUCAAUAUUAUUUCAAAAUAAUUAUAUAGUCACAGGUUCUGAAGAUUGUACAAUAAAAUUAUGGAAUCUAAAUGAUGUGUAAUAAAUGAAUGCUUAAACACAUUUAGAGCCUGUUUAAACAAUUAGAUGUAAUUAAUUUAUAAAUGAUAAAUAGAGCAUGAUAGACCAAUAUUUACAAUGACAUCAUACUUUAAGUCUCCUCAAAUACAUUUGUAUUCUGCAGGAGUAGAUGGAACUAUCAGAACAUAUAUUGUCACAACUAAUCAAUAUUUUUCAUGGCGUGCCCAUACAGAUGUAAUUUGGUCUUUGAAACAUCAUCCACAUGAUUAAAGAUUAUUAUCUUCUUCUGCAGAUGGAUCUGUGAAAAUGUGGAAAUCACUUGGAGUUUGUUAUCAACAUGAUUUAAUAAAAAAAGGAAAUUUAAAUUUAGAGAUGUUAUAAAAUCCUUUGGCCAAUUUCACAUUUAAAAAAUCAAUGACAGGAUUGUCGAUACCUACAGCAAUUGAAUGGAUUUGUAAGGGCUUUAAUGAAAGUAUCAUUUGUGGAUACAGUGACACUUUAACAUUUAUUGUUUAUGAUGUGACUACUGUUAAAGCUAUUUAAUAAAUUAGAUUUGAUCUUGAUAAUUAGUUUAACACUUUUGCUUAACCAAAUAGAAUUCUAUUCAAUAAUGAGCUUAAAUAUAUAGUAUCUGGUCAUGAUGAUCAUAAAAUUCGAUUUUUUGAUUUGAAUUCAAGCAAAGUUUGUAAGACUCUAAUUGGACAUACAGAUGCUGUCACUGAUUUAUGUUUAUUCUCAAAGAAUGUUUAUCAAUUGGCAAGUGUGAGUCAUGAUGGAAGUAUGAGGACAUGGGAUAUUCGUAAAUUCUAAUGUUUACAUGAAAUUCCAGUAAUUUAUUUAUCAAUCACUUUAGGCACACAAAUAAAAGUAUGACGAAGGUAUAUAAACUAUUGCUAGCAAUAAUUAAUAUGUAGCAACAGGAGGAGCAGAUGGAAUAGUUAAAAUAUUUAACUAUUAAGAUGUCAUAUGA